AUGGUGGGCGUAAAAGUGCCCGGUGCUCCAGUGGCACUGCCAUUUAACGACAAUAUCGGAGAGACGAUACCACCAGACACACCUCACGCAGUCAGUGUGUCGCUACCAACAUGGAAGGCGAAUGUUGGCUACGAAGAGGGCGAGAAAUGGGUAGUCGACAAGAUGCAAUGUGGUUAUCCAAGGUUCUUCAUCCACAAAUCCAUCCAAAAGCUAGCCUCGAGCAUAGUCGCUGCACAUGGCUGCCCCGAUACUGACUUUGCCAUGCUGUUGCCAUCUCCCAGAUGUGCAUCGCGAUGUAAAGAGUUCAUAAUCAAGCAACUGCCAGAUGGCGGCCAUCCUCCUCUUCGCCACUUUGCUCUCAUCGCACAUCCAGAAAAGACUCCAGCAGCAGACUCGAAGCUCAUCUUACCCAAGGUAUCGGCAAUUAUCUACCACAAGGACCUAUGGCCAGCUGCGAAAGCAUUCUGGCAGCACACUGGUGAGGGUAUAUCCAGCAGACGUGCCGAGUUCUGCCAAAGAGCAUUCGAUGAAGGCUGGUUGGUCGAUCGUGGAUCAAUAACACCACCACAAACACCAAGGAUGACCAAAGGACCCAGGAGAUACCAACAGACCACCUCCGUGGACCAUGGCCACACCGAUGGUCUGACACCGAUGACAAGCAACAUUGGCGAGGCGAUUGAUGGUGUGCUGGACUCUCAGCAAUUCGUGGAAGAAAGAUUUGGUCGUAACCUCAAUCCAAAAUUCGCAGAACAGGCCAAGCUUGCCAUUCGCAAGCGUAUUGCUGGUUCCUUGACAACGAACGUCGAUCUGCCAGAGUCACUGGAGGCUCCUUCAGAUCUCAGCCGGCAACGGACGAAAGAUGGCCUCGACGCUUUUACAGUCGAUGACGUCUACUUAUUUCCCUGUGGCAUGAACGCGAUAUACACGUCCCAUCGGAUCCUGCGUCUAGCUCGAGGAGAGCUCAAAAGUAUUAUGUAUGGCUUCCCUUACGUCGAUACCCUCAAGGUGCUUGAGAAGUUCGGCGCUGGUGCCACAUUCUUCGGCUACGCAGAUGCAAAUGAUCUGAAUGAGCUACAACGACGGCUGGAGGCUGGCGAACGAUACCUGGCCCUAUAUUGCGAGUUCCCUGGGAACCCUCUUCUCAAAUCACCGGACCUGAAACGCCUUCGUUCGCUGGCCGACAAGUAUGAGUUUGCAAUCGUAGUCGACGAAACCAUCGGCAACUUCCUCAACAUCCACGUCCUACCCUUCGCCGACAUCGUAGUCAGCAGUCUGACCAAGAUCUUCAGCGGAGACAGCAAUGUCAUGGGUGGCGCCAUGAUAUUGAACCCAAUGUCGAAGUGGUACACUGACCUGAAGCAUGUCCUCGCAUCAGAAUUCGAAGACAACCAGUUUGAGGAAGAUAGCGUGUACCUCGAGCGCAACAGCCGAGACUAUGUCGACCGCAUCAAGCGCAUCAACGUCAAUGCCGAAGCUAUUGCGGAUGUGCUAAGGGAGAGCUCGAAAGUGAAGCAAGUAUUCUACCCAAAGUACAGCGAUACGAAGCAGUUCUAUGACGAAUGUCGGAUUGGCGAUGGAGGGUAUGGUGGUUUGCUGAGUGCCACUUUCCAUUCUGUGGAGGGUGCGGCAAUCUUCUACGACAAUUUGAAUACGUGUAAAGGACCGAGUCUGGGCACGAACUUCACGCUGGCCUCGCCUUUCGUGCUCCUGGCACACUAUGGGGAGCUGGAGUGGGCAGAACAGUAUGGAUGCGAAGCUAGCCUUGUGCGUUUCAGCGUUGGACUGGAAGAUCCUGAUGCGCUUGUGGAUAUAUUCAGAGCAGCCCUGGACGCGAUACCGGCGGCCAAUUGA